ACGCAUCAGCACGAGAUUGUAGACAGAACAAUUUAUUUCAUAUGUAUUGAUCAUUUUUUGCAAGGGGCAACCUUUUAACGCUAGACACCGAGUGUGUGUUUGAUGUUAUAUAAACUUACCACUACAUAAGCCAAUACUUUUUCCCUUUGACCGCAGUGUAGACUGCAGAGAUGAAGUCCAAGAAGAAGAAGAGACAGGAUGACUUCCAGAAAGUUAAGUUAAAGGUGGGAAAGACGAAACCCAAAGCUGAUAAUGCCACCAACACCAACUUCCGCUCAAAGGGAAUUCAUCUAACUGAACAGCUAAAGAGAGACACAAGCGGCCCAACCACACACAGACAGCUUGGUUUGAAUGACCUCAUGUCACAACUCCACCAUUACAGUGCCAAUAUCAAACAUAGUGCCUUGUUGGGUCUGAAAGAGUUGCUGUCCCUUAAUCCAUCUCUGUUAGAGCAGCAACUCUCUCGCCUGGUUUCUGAAGUUGCAGCUGUUUUCACAGACAAGGAUGGCAAUGUUCGUUUGGCAGCUACACGUGUGCUCAGGUUCAUUGCACAGUCGGUGCCUGCAGAACGAGUGGCUCCUUUUUCCCCCGUCCUCAGUGCCCAUCUCUCUUGUGCGAUGACCCACAUCGAGAUAAGCAUCCAGGAGGACGCCAUGAAGAUCCUUGAUGUGUUGUUGGAACACUACCCUGCCCUGCUAGCAGCAAGGCCUGCCGUUCUCCUCACUAACUUCCUCGAGUUGAUCUCUCACAGACAAGGCAGUGGAGGUUCCAAAAAAGCCCAGGACCCUAAGGCGCGGAACUGGACACUGUCAGUCAACCCUAACAGGACUGUGACUAGUCAGCAGUGGCGGCUCACUGUGCUCCUUAGGCUUGGGCGCUUUCUGCAGGCAGUAGUUGAGGAAAGACCAGUGGAGGAAAGUGAUAUUUUUAGUCCAACUGAAGGAGUAUUUGGCUCCAGUGGAGAGGGCCGGCUAAUGCCUCUGAAUCUCAACUGGGAAGAGCUCACCUACAGCAAGGUCGGGGUGAAGGUGUAUGAGCACUCUGGGGCCAAACCAACUCCACGGUCCACCUUUAGACUCAGACCAGAGGUUGACACUGGACCCGCUGUGGGGGAGGAUUUGGACUCAGCUGAGGCUGUUCAGAGCUUUGCAGCCACACUGGUGCCUCUCCUGCUGGAGGUGUGGGUGGAAGCCAGCACCAGUGACUCUCCCUGGAACAACUCUGAGGGCGCUCACAUGCUCAGCCCUGAUGCCAUGUCAGUAAUGUUCCAGGUGUUGUCUAUCCUGCAGCUGCUGAGGAAACUGGCACCACAGCAGGAGCACCAGGAUGCAUUGGAUGCAUGGUUUUAUAAAGAAUACCUGGGAGAUUUUAAGCAGCACUUCAUGAAGAACUUUCCCUAUGAUGCUCGGGACACACCCAGACAUAGAAAGAAGGUAGAUCUCAAAAGGAGUAAGCAGACUGCAGUCGUCCCGGGGUUGACGGUGGAGCCUCUGGCCCUUAACAUCACACUUUGCCAAGUCAUGGUGUCCCUCAGCCAGAGACAAGGACUCGGGCGAGAGACAGACGGAGACUGGCUGACGCCUCUGAGGACGUUUGUCCGAGACACUCUGGGCAGCGGAGUGAAACUGAGCUACAGGCAGCUGCACAUGCUGCUGGGCACUGUGUGGAAGAUGGUGCUCACACAGAGGAGCAAAACAGUGACAGAUGACCUGUUGGCAGCAGUGUACGUUUACUAUAAGCAGAGGAACCUGACUCUACAGACCCGCUCUCUGCUGCUGUCUUUCUACAGCAAGCUCUACCUGCAAGAGCAAGGACACACACACAUAGCAAGGAGCAAGGUGCUGUGUCGUUGGUUGGCCUCUCUUCCUGUGCAGUUGUCCCAGCUGGGCCACCGUAACCCCACUCUCUCUGAACGACUCAUCCUGUCCAUCCAGGCUGCCGCUUCUCGAAAACACAAAGACCUGCUCAAGAGUCUGCUCACAAACGCCUGCAAGCUCUACGACCCCCAGGAAGGAGUUGUGGUGCUGUUACCAGCAGAGUCCCAGCAGCGGAUGGUGCAGCUCCUCUACUUUCUCCCCAAGAUGUCCCAGUCUCUUCUGGCCAAUCUGAGCUGCUGCUGCACCACCGGACGAAUCUCUGCCGGCCUCGCCGCCUCUCUCAUUCGUAUUGUACACUUUAGAUCAUCCCUGAGUGGCUGGUCGGUUGGCAGCCAGGAAGCGGCUCUGGAGGACGUGAACUACAUCAGCUUCUUGUUCUCCACCCUGACGGGCUUCUCGACGGAGAAGCUUGCCGCCCUGCAGGAGGCUGACGACGAGAGCAUCCUGCCUCCCUCCCCUCUCUCACCCCUCAGCCUGUACCCCACCCCGAUGGAGCAGUUCACACACCACUGGGAUGUUGUUGAGGAAGUCUGCCACUGUCUGGAAACUCUGGGUUCAAAGUCUCAGUGCUUUGACAUCGUACAAAAUGGCAUCUGCAAAUACCUGAUCAAGUUGGGGGUAGUGCCUGACAGUAACUGUCAGGCACUACCCCCAACUUGA